AUGGCCUUUGAGGAUCUCCUACCUUUAGUAGGAGAUAAGAGAAGAUUCCAGAUCCUUCAAGCCCUUUCUAUGGUUAUUCCUCUAAUAUUUGUAGGUACCCAUUUUCUGAUAGAGAAUUUCACUGCCUUUGUCCCUGAGCACAGGUGCUGGACUCCCUUGCUUGACAAUACCUCGGCUUUGCUCAAUGUCAGUGGGAACCUUAAUUUUAGCUCCCUACUAAAGCUUUCCAUCCCCCUGGAUUCCAAUGGGAAACUAGGGAAGUGUCGCCGAUUCUUCUGGCCACAGGGGCAGCCCUUGCUUACAGAUGCCAUGGGACAAAACCUGAGCCAGCUGGAGACAGAGCCAUGUGUGGAUGGCUGGGUUUAUGACCAAAGCACCAUCACUUCUUCCAUUGUGACUGAGUGGGACCUGGUGUGUGACUCCUGGACACUGAAGUCCUUGUCUCAGUCACUAUACUUUGCUGGGCUUCUGGUGGGAUAUCUCAUAUGGGGACAUCUCUCAGACAGGUUUGGGCGAAAAUGGAUGCUGUCUCCAAGUUACUUCAUGUUGGCUGUCUUCAGCACAGGGAUUGCUUUUGCCCCGUCAUUCCAAGUUUACUGUUCCUUUCGCUUUCUGCUUGGGUUUUCAAUAUCAGGAAUCAUCUUUGGCUUUGGAAGCCUUGCUGUAGAAUGGGCCACAAUCCAGCACCGGCCCUGGGCAGUAGUCUUGAUAUCCUUGUGUCUCAGCCUCGGGUUUCUGUUUCUUGGAGCUCUGACCUAUGGUAUUAAGGAAUGGCGCAAACUCCAGCUGGUAAUAUCUGCUCCCUUCUUCGCAUUCUUCCUGAUGAUUUGGUGGUUGCCAGAGUCUGCUAGAUGGCUGAUUGUCCACAACAAAUGUGAUGAUGCCUUAAAGGUGCUCAGACAAGUUGCAAAAAUCAAUGGAGUAAAGGAGCAGACCCUGACCGUGGAGGCUGUGAGAUCCACCAUGGAGAAAGAGUUGGCUGCAGCACAGACCCAUUACACAAUAUUGGAUUUGGUUUGCUUUCCCAACCUGCGUACAAGAAUCCUCUGUUUGUCCUUUUCACGUUUCACAACAGGGAUGCUUUUCUAUGGACUCUCUCUGGAUCUUCAGAACUUGGGGCGCAAUAUUCAAAUGCUCCAGGUUCUUUUGGGAGCUUCCAGCUUCCUCAGCAGGUUUGGGGCCUUGAUCAUCAUGAACCACCUUGGUCGUCGAACAAUAGUGGUGGCUUUCUUCCUCCUUGCUGGACUCUUCAUACUUUCCAGUGCAUUUCUGCCUCAAGGAAUUUUGUGCAUGGUUUUGGCAAUAAUAGGAAUCUGCUGUAUUGUAGUCUGCAUUUCCUGUAAUAAUGUCUAUUUAAAUGAGCUCCUACCCACAGUAGUCAGGACCACGUGCAGUGGGAUCAUUCUCACAAUAGAUCGGAUUGGGGUGAUGCUGGCCCCAUUUGUGAAUAUACUGAGGCACUACCUUCCAGCCAUGCCCCAGAUCAUCUUUGCAAUCAUGGCAGUCAUUGCAAGCUUUAUGGUCUUCCUCUUCCUCCCAGAAACCCAGAACAAACCAAUGCCUGACACCAUCGAAGAUAUAGAAUGCAGACAUUCAAGAGAAGAAGUAAAACCAGGAGAUCUGGAUGACACUCUGGUGAAAAUAAGCCAGUUUUAG